UAAAAAUAAGAACCGCGAUCAUUUAUGAAGAACGGAGUGCUGUGGUUUGGAUAAAAGGUUUCGGGGGGGAAAAAAAAAUCAUUGUCUGUCAUGAUGGAAUCCUGCUUUAAUGACAGAUUGGAAAAAAUAGAAGCUGUGAGUAUAGAGGAUUUGAAAAAAGAUCUUUCUGGAGAGUUUUUGUCCAUGUCUUCUGUUACUUCUGAGGAGUCCAGCUUACAGGAGAGAGAACACUUGCAGGUUUACCUUCGUAUCAGACCUUUCACACAAGCUGAAAUGGACAGCGACGAAUCACAGGAGUGUGUUAGCAUUGAGAAUCCAGAUAAGGUGUUCCUCAAGGCCCCAAGGAGCUCUUUAUCAUCUCGGCUCAGUGAUAAGUCACUUCCUCAAACAGCCCAGCGGUUUCAGUUUUCACAGGUUUAUGGUCCAGAAGCAACACAGAAGGAGGUUUUUGAUGGCACAGUCAAGUCUUUAGUUAAAGACUUUCUUCAAGGGGGAAACUCCCUUGUUUUUACUUAUGGAGUAACCAAUGCUGGAAAGACCUUCACCUUUUUAGGGCCCGAAAACAAUAGUGGCCUUCUGCCAAGAUCUUUGAAUAUGAUAUUCAACAACAUUCAAGAUAAAAUCUAUACAGAAAUGGACAUUAAACCACAGAGAUGCAGAGAAUACAUGAGGCUGAACAAAGAGCAACUCACGAAGGAAAUCGCAAACAAAAAGACCAUUCUGCGAUUAGCAAAAGAGUGUGAUUUACAGAAAAGCAUGAUUUCUCAAUUGAAUUCGACCAGCAAGUCAGCCAUAUUUGAAGGCACUGCUGUGAACAACACAGAAGAAUUGGAUUCAGAAAGCUUCACUUUGGAUAUGAACAGUCACUCCAAAUACUCGGUCUGGGUGUCUUUUUGUGAAAUCUAUAAUGAAAACAUUUAUGACUUGCUUGAAACGAUCCCAAAUAAUUCCAUGAAGAGAAGUACUCUUCGGCUCUCACAAGAUGUGAAAGGGAAUCCUUUUGUAAAAGAUCUCAAGUGGGUUCAGGUGAGUGAUGCAGAUGAGGCAUAUAAAGUUCUAAAAUUGGGGAAGAAACACCAGAGCUUUUCCUGCACAAAGCUGAAUCAUCUGUCCAGCAGAAGCCACAGCAUUUUCUCCAUCAGAAUCUUACGGAUUGAAGAUCUUGGUAUACCUCGUGUACAAAAUAUCAGCGAGUUGUCAUUGUGUGAUCUAGCUGGAUCGGAGAGAUGUGCCAAAACCCAGAACAAAGGAGAGCGCUUAAAAGAAGCAGGAAACAUUAAUAGCUCCUUGCUGAUCUUGGGCAAAUGUCUCAAAGCACUGAGACACAACCAGCAGUCAAAGCUGCUACAGCACGUACCCUUCAGGGAGAGCAAGUUGACCCAUUACCUUCAAGGUUUUUUCUGUGGCCGAGGAAAAGCUUGUAUGAUUGUGAACAUUAACCAGUGUGCUUCAAUGUUUGAUGAAACAUUGAAUGUACUGAAGUUUUCUGCACUUGCUCAGAAGGUGGUGGUUCUCAGUACAACAAAGCUCGCUCCUGUUGUUCCAAAGAAGUCAGCCAGAGAGGUGUCAUUCAUUAUUAAUAAUGCAGACAAAAUGAGGUUUUGGAGAAAGAGAAGGAGCUCCUUAAUUGGCUGGGAUACAAGUUUAGAGGAUGUGCAAGAAAACGAUGAUGGUGAGGAGAAGGAAGAAGAAGAAAGCUUGGAAGAAACUAUGGAGGACAUCAUCCAGGAGGAGGAGGAGGAAGAAGAAGAAGAAGUUGUUGUAAGUAAAGAAUCUUAUGAGAAGCUGCUUUCAGUUAUAGAAGAGCUAAAGAAGAAAAUAGUUGAAGAAAGAUCAGAAAAACUAUUGUUGGAAUCAAGAAUUCGUGAAGACGUUUCCCAGGAAUUCAUGCAAUUAUACUCGCAAAUGGAAAGCGAUUUCAGUGAACGCCUUGAGAAUGAGAGAGAGAUCAUUGAGGAGAGAGCAGAGACACGAAUGGAAAUACUAAAAAACUUGGUGUGCAAAAAAAACGAUCAACACAAUGUUGCAAGUGAAGAUGCAAAACAGCCACAGGAAGACCAAAUUGUUGUUCUUGAUGGAAUAAUUGGUUGUAUGCAAGAUGAUCUUGUUAGCAUAAAGAAAGAUGCAGAAGCUGCACAAAAUUGUCUCGUUGCUUUGCCGGAUCUUCAGGAAAAGAUUACUCAGCUUGAGAUAAAGGUAGCUAAGCUAUCGGAGGAGAAGAAUAAAACCGAAGAGCUCCUUAGUCUGAAAACCAAAGAAGUGGAAGCCUACUUCAGCAAUCAAACAAAUGACCAGCUGGAAGAAGCCAAAAGGAGCCUAGAGUGUCAGAAUGAAAAACUACAGGGUCUUAUGGAGAUCUGUCAGGAAAAGGAUGAGAUGAUCUCUAAACUACAGACUGCAUUAGACCACUGGGAAGAAACGGUUGCAAAGAAUAAAACCUCAACUGACGCUAUCAAAGAAGAGAUCUUGAACUUGAAAAUUAACUGCACCUGCUCCGGCGCCAACAAUCCGAGCUCUGGGAAUGAGAGCAGAAAGAGACCUUGUGCUGCCUUUCCUGAUCCGGAGGGACAGCCGCCUCUCAAGAAAGGUCCUCUUCCAGAGGAAAAUCAUUGCGUCGCAACUCCUAAAAUGGAUGAGCUCCAGGCAGAACUUAAUCUGAAGGAAAUGGAGGUGGAAAAACUUAAAUUUAAAGUGGACGAACUGCAGCAGCAGUUAGGAAGCCUUAGGAGGCACUUCCAGGAGGAAAUAAAGCUGAAAGAUGAGAUAACCCAGAAGAUAAAAGAUCAACUUUUGUGCUCUGAACAAAAGGUCAAAGAGUUAAGUGAUAAUCUGCAGCAGCAGGUCAGCUCUUAUGAAGCCACUGUGACGGCUUGGCAAGAAGAAAGAGACGAAAACCAGAAGAUCGCUGCGCAAAAAGAGAAGGUGGCAAAUGAGAUGAGCGAUCUCCGGCAAGAAGCCACACAAAAAGAGGUCCUCCUUAAAAACAUGGAGGACGCAGUGCGAGCGCAAACGGAGAAGUUUGAAAAGGUUUCUGCAGAAUUGAGUGACACUAAAGAUCUCUUGAGGAAACUAGAAGUCGAUUUCAAUGAGAAGUUACAGCUGGUGGAAUCCCUCACGAAUCAAACAGAGCGCCUUAAACACGAACUGGAAGCAUCGCAGGUUUUGGCAGCAAAAAGGGACAGUGGCCAUUUCCGCGAUACAAUCGGUGCUUUGCGUGCAGAAUGUGAGAAAGUGGUUAAGGAGUCGGCACUCAAGAGCCAGCAGAUUGUGGAUCUCGAGCAGGAGGUCAGUACAUUCAAACGGCAAAUUGCUGAGCAAGACCAGCUGUCCAGUCAGUUGAAACGAGAGCUUGAUGGCGUUAACAGUGCCAAUGCUGAAUUCAAUUCAAAAGAAGAUCUUGUGAACCAGUUGAGAGACCAACUUGAAAGCGCUUCAAAACAGCUUGAAUCUGAAAGACGGCACGUCGCUGAGAUACAGCAGAGGUAUUCUGCGCUUGAGGCCACUUCUGUUAAUCUCAGAGGAGAAAUAAGAGAUCUCGAGGAGCAGUUGCAGGUUUCAAAAUCCAAUGUUGACAAAGUAGUUGCAUUGGAGCAACAGCUGUCAGGGAAAGAGUCCUUGAUUGCAGAGUUGCAAAGCAGUUUAGAGGAAGCUCAAAGUAAACUCAAAGGUGCCACGUCAAGUCUCUCUCUUCAAGCAGCCAAACUGAAGGAGGCUGAGCAAAGCAUGGAAAGCCUUAGAUUGGCCAAAGAAACAAUUGCAGAAAAGGACACACAAUUGGGAAAGAGCGAGCAAGAAUUACUCAGGUUAAAGGAAGAGAUGAGUGACAAAUUGCUAACAAUCAAGAGUUUAAAUCUGGACUUAGGGAGAAAAGAGGAGGAUGCAUCGGAUUUGAAAGAGAAGGUGGCUGAUGCCAAAAAACAAAUACAGCAGGUGGAAAAAGAGAUUUCUACACUGCGUGAAGAAAAUAGAACCCUGAAACAAAAAUUGAGUGAAAUGGAGAAGAGCAAAAACCAAAUGAUGAAUGAUUUGAAAAGCAGGGAUCAGACAAUUCAACUUUUUAAGAGUGAACAGUCUAAUGCCACAGUGAAGUCUGAUCAAAACCUGGAGCUUUACCAGAAGGCUUGCAAAGAUCUUCAGGCACGGCAACAGAUUAUUGAAGAUAUGCGUCUGGCACUGACUGAGCAGGAAGAGACUCAGGCAGAGCAAGAUCGGGUCCUUGAAGCUAAAAUGGAGGAGAUUGAAUCUUUAACUUCAGAAGUGGAAAACAUGAAAAAUAAAUUCAACCAGAAUAAAUUGGAUGGGAUGGCUGCCCAAAACCUGGACGAACACAACAGUGAUGCUGAGCUUGCAAGACAGGAAGUUACAAAGCUAAAAGAAACCUUUCAGAUUGCAAAUGAGAAAUACCAGGCCGACAGAAAGAAGUGGCAGGAAGACAAGUUCAUGUUAAUCAAACAAGCAAAGGAAGCUGAGGAGAGAAGAAAUCAUGAUGUAAAAAGAUUUGCUGAGGACCGGGAGCGCUAUUCCAAACAGCAGAUGGAAAUGGAAAGCCUCAGGAAACAGCUGGCUGAGAAGGAUAAUGACCUUGAAAGGUGGAGGAAAGAGAGGGAUGAUUUGGUUGAAGCUCUCGAUGUCCAGCUGAGAAACCUCAUCCUCAGUAAUCAACAGAAAGACAACGAGCUGGAGAAGCUCAGAGCAGAUGCCACCUUUAUGGCAGGCAAGGCCAGCAAUGGUACAAAUAUUGAAGACCUUCAGCGCAUCUUGACUGACAAGGAGUCAGAAAUUUCUAAACUUAAAGAACAGUUAAGAAUUUUAACGGAACCGAACUCAAAGCUUCAACCUGCAGAAACUGACAGAAAAUUACAGAAACUGGGAGAAGUAAAGAGUGCUAACAAGACUAAUUCCAUGCUUUUCCAGGAUGGGAAUAAUCUGAAAAGUAGCAAUAAAUAUAAUACUAGUAGCUCGGAAGAAAGCGAGGCUUUGGGGAACAACCAAUCUGUUCUGGACUCUUCUGGAAUUUCCUCUGAGAGUGGGAGAACUAGCAGGUUUCCAAAACCUGAACUUGAGAUUCAGUUCACCCCUCUUCGUCCUAAUAAGAUGGAAGUGAAAAUGCAGGGUGAAGAUUCUGCAGUGACAGUCAAACUAGGCAAAUCAGCAAGGAAAAGGAAGAGCAAUGAGAUGGAAAUGAGUGAUAUACUUUCAGGCUGCUGGAAAAAUAAAACUAACCUGAAAGCAACACAUGAAAUCGUUUCUCAGGACCUUGUGGAAAGUGAAAACAGGAAAAACAGCAGAACAAGAACAAUUGCCAGAAAUGUGAAAGAGCAAUCACCAGCUGCAAACAGAAAUGUAGCUUCUUUAAUGCAGCAAGUGUCCAGCUCCAGCCUCAAAUCUGCAAAUAAAAAAGAUGGACCCUUACAGAAAAUUGGAGACUUUAUCCAGAGCUCCCCCACCUUUCUCCAAAACAAAGCUAAAAAACUCAUUGGAACCUUGAGUUCUAGAUCUCCAGAGCCAGAAUUAGGACCUCUCGACAGCAAACCAAAAAGGUCGAAAAGAAAACUAUAUAAAACUGAGAUUUCAUCUCCUUUAGAUAUCCCUUCUCACCCAAUUGUAGGGCUUGAUCGCGAUGAAAAGGAAAGUGACCAUCUGAUCAUCAAGAGAAGACUGCGGCCAAGAACAGCCAAGAGAUGAAGUCACCCGACCCAUUUUAUAGAUACAUCUCGGAUUUUCUUAUUUGGUCUAUGUAGAACUUAUUUGUAUAGCUUAAAUUACUUUGUUUGUUUUUUUUUGUAAAAGGAGUAAUCCGUACCAGCUACAACUAAAUAGGGUUUUUGAAUCACAUGUAUAUAUUGUAGGCAACAAUCAGCAUGGCAUGUUCAUCUUCAGUUUUUGUGCAUUGCAACAGUGGUGAAAAAAGUACAAAAUCAAUAAAGUACAUGCUAAGAGAAAAUCA